AUGGAUAGUUCUGCAAACUUUCCCAACCCUGUCUAUCAUUUCAGUAUUGCUCUCUGUUUCCUCUUGUUUUUAGCCUCUUCAUGCCUAAACACUAGUGAACUCUGCUUGGGAGAUGGCCUUCCAGUUGUGAAAUGCAUCGACACAGAGAGAAGCGCGCUUCUCCUCUUUAAGGCAGAUCUUAUCGAUGCUUCGGGUAGGCUAUCAUCUUGGGAGGGUCAAAAUUGUUGUCAAUGGAAAGGGAUUUCAUGCAACAACCGCACUGGUCAUGUUGAAAAGAUGGACCUCCGCAAUACAAGUCCAGCUCCAUCUAUUGAUGCUAAAGACCAGGAGUUUGAGGCUUAUGAAGAGUCCUUUUUGGGGGGUAAGAUAAAUCCUUCUUUGCUUAGCUUGAAAUAUAUGAGUUACUUAGACUUGAGCUGGAAUGGCUUUCAAGGGCUUCAAAUUCCUAAGUUCUUUGGUCAGCUUAAAAGUCUGAAGUAUCUCAAUGUCUCAUCUUCAUCUUUUGAGGGACAGAUUCCACCACAUCUUGGUAACCUAUCAAACUUGAACUAUCUUGACCUUAGUGGUAACUAUUUAUUGGAAAUUUCUUCCAUAAAUUUUCAUUGGCUUUCUCAUCUCUUCUCUCUAAAAUACCUCAGUCUGACUGAAGUGGACCUUAGCAAUGCAGGAGCCACUUGGCUACAUGUUGUUAUCAUGCUUCCUUCCAUGCUAGAGUUACACUUGUCUAGAUGCAACAUUGAAAGCCUUCCACCUUCACUUCACACCAUGAACCUCACAUCACUUUUGAUCCUUGAUAUGUCAUUCAAUGAUUUUAAGUCUCCAUUUCCAAAGUGGGUCUUUAAUCUAACUAGCCUCAGAGAACUUCACUUGGCCAAGAAUUCUUUCAGCGGUCCCUUUCCCAAUGAUUUCGUUAACCUGAAAUCAUUGGAAGAACUUGAUUUAUCUCUUAAUGGCCUUCACGGUCGAAUUCCCAAAUUCUUUGGAAAUCUCUGCAACCUAAAGACCUUAAUUCUUGCGGGAAACGCAUUUGAUCAGGGUAUUCCAGAGUUUUUGGAUGGUUUAUCAGGUUGUGCAAAUAAGAAGUUGGAGUCACUAGACUUGUCUAGUAAUAUGCUGAUAGGCGAAUUGCCUGCCUCCUUAGGGAUGCUCCCCCAUUUGCAGUACCUUAACCUCUUCGACAAUCAUUUGAAUGGAUCCAUCCCGGAAAGUUUGGGACGACUCUCUGAGCUAGUUUAUCUAGACUUGUCGGGAAACUCAUUGGUAGGCUUUUUAACUGAAGCCCAUUUCAUAGAUCUCGCCAAGUUAAAAUACAUUGCGCUGGGCAAUAUCAGUAGAUUCAGUACCCCCAACCUGCUUCCUUCCAUCAUUUUCAAUGUGGCUUAUGAGUGGGUUCCUCCUUUCAAGCUUGACACCAUUUACAUCAGGAACUGUCAAAUAGGUCCUGCCUUUUCACUAUGGCUUCUAUCUCAAACUGAACUAGUAUAUGUCUCUCUAAGGAAUACAGGCAUCUUCGAUUCUAUACCAGAGGAAUGGUUAGUGAAAAUAUCUUCCCAAGUCCAAUAUUUGGAUUUAUCUUACAACCAAAUUUGUGGAAAGCUUCCAGUCCAACUGAUAGUUCCAAAUUUAGUGACUCUAGAUUUGAGACAUAAUCAAUUCCACGGCUCACUCCCGCUUUGGUUGUGUAAGGAGGCUUACUACCUAAAUCUUGCUAGCAAUUCAUUUUCCGGGCCAAUUCCGUUAACUUUUGACCAACAUUUUCCAAAUUUGCAACAACUGCAUCUCUUUGAAAAUUAUUUGAAUGGCACGAUUCCAUCCUCUGUUUUCAAUAUGCAGAAGUUGUUAAUCUUUUCUCUAAGAAGCAACAACAUUUCUGGAGAGUUCCCUCAAGCAUGGAGUAUGUGGGGUGACAUAGACAUUGUAGAUGUUGGAGACAAUCAUCUCUCAGGAAAUAUUCCCAGUACAAUGGGUAUCCCACGUUCACUUUUUAUGUUGUCGAUGAAGAACAACAAAUUCGAUGGUGAAAUCCCGAUGGCCUUGGGAAAUUGCACCAAACUGAGGAGUAUUGAUCUUGGUGGUAAUAGAUUUACUGGAAACCUACCUUCAUGGAUAGGAACAAAUGUAUCCAAGUUGUUUAUCUUACGGCUGCCAUCCAAUUAUCUGAGUGGACAUAUUCCCCAGCAAUUGUGCAAUCUUGGCUACCUUCACCUCCUAGAUCUUGGUCAUAACCACCUCUCAGGUACUAUACCAAAGUGUUUGAAUAAUAUGACCGCUCUAACAGAUGUCAAAUUCAAUACUUAUCCCUUAUAUCAGGUGUAUGAACAACAAAUAAUGGUGACCAAAGGAAGAGAAUUCCAAUAUAACAAGACUUUGAGGUGGGUAAAAAGCAUAGAUCUUUCCUCAAAUAGUUUGGAAGGUGAAAUCCCUGAAAAAAUAUGCAGUCUCUUUGCAUUGGUUAUCUUGAACUUGUCGAUGAAUCAUCUAAGUGGAAAUAUUCCCUCAAAAAUUGGAAACUUGCGGUCACUCGAAUUCCUUGAUCUCUCAGUCAACCACCUUUUGGGACGAAUUCCUCAAAGUAUUUCGUCUUUAACCUAUUUGUCUCACUUGAAUUUGUCUUACAACGAAUUGAGCGGAAGAAUUCCUUUGGGCAACCAACUUCAAGCACUUGAUGAUUCAACCAGUAUUUAUGGGGGCAAUCCAUCACUCUGUGGGUUUCCCCUUUUAAACAAGUGCCCAGGAGAUGACACACCUCCACAACCCACUUUUCCUGGUGGGAAAAGACAUGAAGAUGAUAAAAAGCUUGGUUUCUACAUUAGUGCAGUGCUCGGCUUUGUCGUAGGCUUUUGGGGUGUUUGUGGCACAUUACUCAUAAAGAAGUCAUGGAGGUAUGCCUACUUUCAAUUUUUUGAUAGCAUCCAAGACAAGGUAGCGGUGGCAGUUGCAUUGAAAAUAGCCCAUUUUCAGAGGAAAAUUUAA